AUGGCUUCCUCCUCCUCCCUCCUCCUCCGCGCCUCGCCGCUCUCCCUCCUCUCCCGCCUAAACCCGCUCAGCCCUAGGCGGCGCGCCCCCGCCUCGCGCCUCCGCCGCCUCCUCCUGCUCUCCACCUCCGCCUCGGCCCCGCGUUCGCCCCCGCUCCGAGCCCCAGCGGCCACCGCCGCCGACGCAGCGACCUCGCCGCCGGAGGCCGAGGCGAGGCUCGACAGGCUGCCGCCCCUGCGGUGGCCCGCGAGGGACACGCUGUGCGGCGAGCUCGGCGCCGGCGACGCCGGCCGCCGCGUGCACCUCUGCGGAUGGGUCGCUCUCCACCGCGCGCACGCUGGCCUCAUCUUCCUCACCCUCCGCGACCGCUCCGGCGUGGUCCAGGUGACAACUUUGCCAGAAUAUCCAGAGGUGUAUGCUGUGGCGAGCAAGCUAAGAGUAGAGUCAGUGGUUGUGGUUGAGGGUGUGGUUCGUUCACGCCCAACAGAAGCCAUCAACCCAGAGAUGAAAACUGGGGCUAUAGAGGUUGCUGCAGAUAAUAUAUAUGUGCUGAACUCAGUAACUCGUUCAUUGCCUUUUCCAGUCACAACUGCUGAAACUGUAAAAGAGAAGUUUCCAGAAGAAAUUAGAUUGAGAUUCCGGGUGCUGGACUUACGCCGACCGCAAAUGCAGUCAAACUUGAGGUUGCGCCAUAAUGUUGUUAAGCAUAUUCGUCGAUACUUGGAGGAUAGACAUGAUUUUGUUGAGAUUGAGACUCCAGUUUUAUCUAAGUCUACUCCAGAAGGUGCUCGUGACUAUCUUGUCCCAUCGAGAGUUCAGCCAGGAAUGUUCUAUGCUCUUCCUCAAAGUCCUCAGCUGUUCAAGCAAAUGUUGAUGGUCUCUGGCUUUGAAAAAUAUUAUCAAAUUGCAAGGUGUUUCCGAGAUGAAGAUCUGCGUGCAGACAGGCAGCCAGAGUUUACACAACUUGAUAUGGAGAUUUCAUUUACAUCAAUGGAAGAUAUAUUGAAGUUGAACGAAGAAUUAAUGAGACAUAUAUUCCAAGAGGUUGGUGAUAUCAACCUGCCAAAUCCUUUUCCCAGGCUAACCUAUGCGGAGGCAAUGAACCGCUAUGGAACAGAUAGGCCUGACCUUCGUUUUGAUUGGCAGCUGAAAGAUGUUAGUGAUGUAUUUUUGGGCAGUAGUUUCAAGAUAUUUGCAGAUACAUUAGAAAACGGGGGCGUCAUCAAGGCAUUGUGUGUGCCUGGCGGUGCCAAAGAGUUUUCAAAUACUGACCUAAAGAAAGGAACUGUCUACACUGAAGCUUCCAAAGCUGGAGCUAAGGGUCUGCCCUUUCUCAAGUUUAUGGACAAUGGAGAGCUUGAAGGAAUUGGUCCACUCGUGUCAAGUCUAAAGCCUGAAAAGAAAGAGCAGUUGUUGGAACACCUAGGCGCAAAAACAGGUGAUCUUAUCCUGUUUGCACUGGGUGAGCAAUCAGCGGCUAAUCGAAUUCUUGGCAGAUUAAGAUUAUUUAUCGCUCAUAAGUUGGAAGUGAUAGACACAUCAGCACACUCAAUUCUUUGGGUGACGGAUUUUCCAAUGUUUGAAUGGAACAGUGAUGAGCAGAGAUAUGAGGCACUACACCAUCCUUUCACUGCACCAAAUCCUGAAGAUAUGGAUGAUCUACCAUCAGCUCGCGCCUUGGCUUAUGACAUGAUUUACAAUGGAGUGGAGAUUGGAGGAGGCAGUUUGAGAAUAUACAAAAGUGAUGUACAACAAAGAAUUUUUGAGAUCAUCGGUAUCUCACCUGAACAGGCAGAGGAAAAAUUUGGCUAUCUUUUAGAAUGUUUCGACAUGGGUGCCCCUCCGCAUGGAGGAAUUGCCUAUGGUUUAGAUCGUUUGGUGAUGCUUUUGGCCGGUGAAAGCUCAAUCCGGGAUGUGAUUGCUUUCCCAAAGACUACAACUGCUCAAUGUUCGCUCACCAAAGCACCAUCUCCUGUGGAUCCACAGCAAUUGAAGGAUCUUGGCUUCCGUACGUGAGGUACUUUUUAGAGAAACAUAUCGACUAUGGUAUUGAGCAGAGCUGCAUCGAUGUGAUGAGGACAAAGAUGUCAUUUAUGUUGAAUGGCUCAGGUCUUAGGCACAAUUGCAACGGUGCGAUGAGGACAACGAUAAUGUUGCAUGUCGUAUGUUUGGGACACCGACUACAAAUCUACGUCAACUUUGGAUGGCAUUUACCAAUAGAAUUGUCUUUUUUAGUCGUUUCUUAGGGCAUGUACAACGCCUCGCCUGUUACGAAAUUUGCAAAAAAAAAACCCACCCAUUUAACAGACGACCCAGCAUCUCCUCGUGAAAAAACAACAGGGGUGCAUACUUCAAUGUCAAACCGACACCAAAUAAAUAAAUAAAUCAUUAUACAAGCUGCUUA